CUGACUCGCGCCGCGCGCGGAGAGCAGGGAGCCCGCGGGCAAAGCGGGGGGUCGGGCCGCGAGCUCUCGCUUUCUUUCUUUCUCUCUUUCUCCCUUCAAAAAAAAUCCGUUGAAAGGCGUUAUGAAUUGACGAUAUCGGGACAAAUCACAGGGAUGGAGGUACAAGUUCAGUCUGAACUGCUUCAAGAAGCCAAGGAGAGUAUCGAUGCAGCAAAUAACUAUAAGGAUGAGCUACAGCAACGGUUACUAGGACUGAACCAAGCCAGAAAACAGAUAAAUGAGAGCGCCAUACAGACACGGGAUGUACUGAAGCGCCACUUCACUGAGCUGAAAGGCUCUCUGACCAAACUGCUGGCUGAUCGUUUAGCGUCGCUGCUACAGCAAGUGGAUAAGAUUGAGCAGGAAAGCAUCAAACCUCUUGAUGACUGCCAGAAACUCAUUGAGCAUGGUGUGAACACAGCUGAGGAGCUGGUGCAAGAGGGGGAGGUUGCUGUGCUCUGUGGGACAGCGGAAGAAGAGAAACUUGGAAAUUUUACAAAAAAAGCUUUGCAAAUUCAACUCGACAGUUUGCCAGAAGUGCCUUCACUGGUGGAGGUACCGUGUUUAUCGGCUCAGCUGGAUGAAUCCUUCCUGAGUUCUGUGAGAGAGCGAAUCUUCAGCCAUGGGGCGGUAGCCUCCCAGCCUCCCGUGCAGAUAGAGGAACUGACAGAGAGGCCUGGGGGAAUCCUCGUUCGGUGGUGCAAGGUUGACGAUGACUUUGCAACCCAGGAGUACCGCCUUCAGCAUUGCAAAAGCUCCUCCAACCAUUUUGAAGACGCCUACAUUGGACCCGAAACUGAAUUUAUAGUUUUGCACAUUGACCCGCACAUUGAGUAUUGGUUCCGAGCCUGUGCUCGGGGAGAGGGGCGGCGGGAAUGGAGUCCUUGGAGCAUCCCACAGACUGCACAUACCACUCUCACUCCUCACGAAUGGAUCACAGGCUGCGAGGGGUUCAGUCUGAGCAGCCGCAGAGAUAUAGCUCUCAGGAAUGACUCUCCGAGCAGUGGUGUUUUGUAUUCUAAGGAACCGACGUACACCAGUGGCCAGACCCUAACGUUCAAAGUAGAAGCAGUGGGAUUGGCAGACAAGCGGGACAGUAUUGGGGUGUGCAUGGAUCGUCAGAACGGACAUGACUCUCUCCAGCGAGACCGGGCUGUCUGCAUCAGUUCUAAUGGAGCAGUAUUUGUGAAUGGUAAAGAAAUGACCAAUCAACUACCUGGUGUUUCCAUUGGUUCUUCAGUGACCUUUGACGUGGAAGUUGUGAACUUGGGCUCAUCAAUAACCGACAGUACAAACUUCAAGCUUCGAGUGAUCAUAAGUUCUGGGAAUCGAGAAGUUGUGUUUGAUUGGGUGCUCGAUCAGCCAUGUGAGGCCUUGUAUUUUGGCUGCUCAUUUACUUACGCAGGCUGGAAAUUGCUAGUAUUUUAGAUCCUAAGGAGGUACACACAAUUGAUGUCCUGCUUUUCUAUAAUACAGUGGAACAAAGAAGUUUCAAAGAAUACACUUAGUGAAAAUCCUGCUUUAAUUGGAAAAGCUACUGGAGAUAUUGGGUGGGAGGGCAGUUGGAAAGACAAAACAGAAUGUAGUUUUGUUGGGCUUAAAGUAAUGUUUAAGCAAGUGCUGUGUGUGUAACAAUAUAAGAGAGAUGAAGAGGCCAGUUUUUUUGGCCACAGGGUCAGUGAUUUAAAUUCUUCAUUGUUUGUGUGGUCAGAUUAAUUUGGAAUGAUAAUGCAGGAAGUUCUGGAAUUUUCAGAAUUUGUUUGUGGUCAGCUUGGUUGCUACACAGGUUACCUUUUAAAGUGAGAUUGUUGUUGAUUAUUUUUUGGGGGGAAAGAGCACAGAAGUCUUGGUGGUAUGAAAUGAUCAACAUUGUUUUGAAUAUGGCCCAAGCUCCUAGUAUUAUUGAGACCAAACUCUUUGCAUUAGAACAUGUGGUCCAACUUACAACCUCAAAAUGUCUUUUGUCACUUGUACAUUUAAGCUUAAAGCUUUUUUUAAAAAAUAUAUUUACUUGACCAACUUUUGAUGGCCCAUUUGUGUUACAUUAGUGGGCUGUGGUUGGAUUACAAGGGUGUUCAGUUGUAUCCCAUGUGGCCUUUCUAUAGAACAAUCUCAUUUUCAGAUACUCUCUAGUUGAGUCUAUAAGCUCAAAACUACCUAUGUACCAGACACAGGGCAAAACUGCGUGGGAAGUGUCAGUAUUAGAGCCCCUCAAGGCUGCUGGUGCCAGUUUUUUUUUCCCCCACCACUGACUUCACCUUCAGAAGCAAAAUAAAUAUUGUAUGAAAGUGAUUUACCAGAGUAGCACUCUGAUCUUAAUGUACUGUGAACAUAGUACUUGCACUUUUGGGGACUUUUGACAUCUCUUCGGGUAGGAAUUAUUUGAAAAUUCCAUUUUUACCAAAAGUCAUUUGCACUAGUGCCUUAGUUUGUGGAUUUAAGUAUCCUUUUCUGUGGGACAAUCAAUGUUAAGUGCCUAUGGUCAUAAUUCAUGAAAUAUUCAAUAGUGAGGUUUCAAUCAGCUGAAUACCUUAAUAUUGAUCAUGCGUUGGGAUUUCAGUCCAACUUAAAUUGUACUUGAAACAAAUGGAUUUUAGAAAGUUACUUUGACAGUGAACCAAUUAGGGGUGAAUUUUGGUUAUAACUGCAUGGUUAGUUUUAUACCAUUUGCAAUGCAAUUCAAAUCUUUUUACAUUACUAUUAUAAGCCAUGGCAAUGCUAAGCUGACCAGUUCCACGAAAGCCUCGCUUUAUGCAACCACUCCAAUGGAACAAAACUGCAGAUUGAUCAGGGUUUUAGUAUUGUGCUCUUACCUCAUGUAAACGUUUUGUGAACUGUCUGCAGCUUAGCAGCAGCGACUCAUGUUUGGCUUCAACCUAUUUGCAAAGAAAUUUUCUAAUAAAGUGUAAUUUGUUACCUUA